UAGCAUUGAAUAUUUCAGAGAGUUAGGGUGGUGCCAUUUUUUUGUACGGAUACUUGGAGUCCUAUCACUAUCUCUUAAUUAGGAUAAGGGUGUGAUAUCUGGUUACUUAUCUGGAAAAUGGUGAUAUCUUGUUCAGCUCAUUCCUGCACCAACAGACAGGGUAAAGUAGCCAAAUCUAUAUCAUUCCACAGAUUCCCUUUGAAAGAUGCAAAACGUUUAGCAGAAUGGAUUGCUGCUGUUGGUCGGACUGACUGGAAACCAACCAAGUUUUCCUUCCUGUGCAGUGCUCACUUCACCAAGGAUAGCUUUCAGAAGCGCCAGGAGGACCAGUGUCAUCGACUCAAGUUCAAUGCCGUCCCUUCCAUCUUCCACUUCUCAGAAAACCAGAGGAAAGUGGAGAGAGGGCACACUCACUGCCAGGUUGCAGCUAAAUUACAGCUGGCUGCUGUCAAUCAGGAAAGGACUUUGAGUGGCUGCUUUGCCUCUGAAGCACUAAAGGAUGAAACAACUGAACACUUAGAGUCCCAUACUGUAAUUGUAGACAAUGAACUUUUACUGGAGACCGUUCCUGGUUUGGAAGAAAACGGUGCCAUACUCCAGUCAUCCUCAGUGACAGCUGAACCAGUUGUCUCUAAGGUGUCUGAAGAGCAAUGCUGUUCAAAGUCUGAUAGCUGCCCACCACCUGCCAGUGAAAGACUGCUGAUUGAUGGCACUGUUCCAUUUCCUGAUGAUGCCGCCCCAUCUGCCCCUGGCACAUGCAAACUAAUAAAUUCCCUCCAUUCAUACUGCUUGUCUCCAACACACAGCACUUUCCUGAAAGAUCAAGUCACGAAGAAGAAUACCAAACUCAAGCUCCUGAGACAGCAAAGCAGCCGAGUUGUGAAGCGAGUGAAGCGGUUGGAGGAAUUGAUCCAUAAACUUCAGGAAACUAAUUCUACUCUUGUAAGGUGCUUUCUGCCUCAGGAUCAUGUUCUUCCUCUGAAUCCAGCAGUUGAACCUCUGUCUUGGAUGCUGGGAAGCUGGAUAUCUGAGAUGCCAGGAGAAGGCUCCUAUCCAACCAUUAAACCUUUCAAGUAUGUGGAGGAAGUCCAGAUCACGCAUGUUGGUCAACCCAUGCUGAAUAUCUCAUUUAAUAGUUUCAAUUCUGAAACCAAGAAACCAAUGCAUAGAGAGUGUGGCUUUAUCAGGAUCAAACCUGGCACCAACAAGGUGGCAUUCGUCAGUGCCCAAAACACAGGCAUUGUGGAAAUUGAAGAAGGGGAAGUAAGAGAUCAGGAACUGACACUAGCAUCUCAAUCUGUAGCUCGAAUGUCCUUUGCAAAAGAGCCUCAUGUCCAACAGAUUACACGGACAUUCAGACUUACAGAAGAAGGGAACUUGGAGCAAACCGUUUUUAUGGCAACUUCUGAACAGCCUCUAUUGCAGCAUCUUCACAUAACCUACACACGGACUUCAUAGCAGUCCAUUCACGUACAGAUUUUCGCUCCAGUCUCUAAAUGCACUGACUGUUCUACAUGCUCACCAUUUACACUGCAGCCUCCUUGUGAUAAACCUGAAGAUUUUAGAAGCUGGAGCUUUUAAUUUUAGCUUUUGAUAGUUUAUUGUAUGAAAGGUGCACUAUUUUAAUUGUGAAUCAUUGUUACUGGGUACUUUGGAGGUUUAUUGAUGCUUCCAUGCAGUUGAUUUUGUAGGAUGUUAGGAUAAUUAGGUAAGCUUUCUGAAAUGUGAUUUUUGCUUUGCCCCCUAGUUGAACAAGAUUCCUGUUUCUUUUGUUCAGUCAUUUAAAGAAAAAAAUUAAAUAAAUAAUUCAGGAAUGCCUACCAGACGUCAUCCUCUAUUAAAUUAGUUUAGGCCUGAUCUCCAAUUUUUUUUUAAACUGGAACUUGGAUCUGUCGUCUUGUCUUAGGCAGCAUCUCCAGCUGAAGGAGCAGUGAGUAACCAUGUCCUGGAACUCAGCGUACUCCAGUCAGCUCCUCAGAGGUAUGUGACCGGAAUUGAUUAGCCUUGACAGGAACUAACUGAUUUCUCCAGAAAAGCAUAUGCUAUAACUACCCCAGAGUUUUCACCACUAUGCUUUGUAGUACCUAACUUUUAAAUAUUCUUUCAUGGAAACGUCCUGAGAAGGAUUUUUGAGAAACCCACCCAAAUGAUACAUCAGCUGUUGUGAAACUUGAAAAUUGAUAAUGAAGACUAAUGCCUUAUUUGACUUGUACAAUAAAUUUGUUUUUUUAAUAUGUUAAUGGAAUGGAUAUAGCGAUGUCAAGCUUUAUUUAAUGCUUAGUUUGUGUGGCAGACCUUUCUCAGGAACAUAUGCAGCCCUUAUGGUAGGAGGGAGUUCCAGGACAUUGGUUUAGUAAUGCUGGCUAGAUCGUGAUCUUAUAUAUAUUUAUAAUGUCCAUGAAUAGUGUGAUUUGUAAGCUUUUGAUCCCAUUGUUAAAGAGGAUAAGCAUUAAACUGUGAACCUUAAGCAAAAUAACAAAUUUCUCCCUCUAAUGUGUAAAUAAAUGUCCAUUAGAGAUUUACUUUUUGUCUCCUGAAUGCAAUAACAUUUCAUGGGACAAUCCACCAGUGGCCCGUCUGAUUGUAGAAAUGUGUGGACCACUGAACAGAAUAAUAGUCCAGUGCUGACCUCUUGGAAAACCCUGCAAUAGCUGAUGAAGAAGCUGUAGAAGUCAGAGCAUAGACAGUGAAAGUAGUAAGGUGCUUUAGAAACACUAUACAAAUCAUUAGAAGCUGUGUAUAAGAAAUAAUAAGAACAGCUCAUGCAGUGUUGGCCUCCUAAAGGAAAUAGAAUUCAAAUGAGCACUUGACAGGUGCAGAGCUUUGCUUGGAUCCACUUGGAGUUCAGAAUGUGUUCAGUAUCUUUUUGGAGGCACUGCACCUCAUGUCUUCUCUGAGCUCUGAAUAUUUGGAAUUCUGUACCCCAGAGAUCUAUGAAUAUGUUGGGAGGUAAUAAGAGACCAUCCAUAUUAAGUAGGGUCAGGUUGAAAAAUUAUGGCCUUCCCUGCUCAGGAUUUUUGACCUCAAGAUCUCCCAAAACUUCUUCCUGUACUUUAAUAGCCUGACAAAGUCGUCUUUGGUGAUGGCCAAUCUUGGGACAAUCCUUAACCUUUUACUUUGAGCACAAGCUCCUGGGCUCAAAAGAGAGAAUCAUUUAAAACUCCAAUAAUAAAGUCAGCACAAAACCAAAUAAUACAGUACUUUAUUGCAUUGGUGCUAGCAUAUAUUCACAAGUAAAUAAAUCGUCAAGGGUUUAGCAACUGAUUCCUUGGCCAAUUUGUGGUAGCCCUGUUGUAAACUACAUAUAAUUUCUAAGAUUAUUGGUGCGUUCCACCAUUGUACAACAUGGUGCAUGUGGUUUAGAGGAGGGUUAGUAAACAAGUUUAAGAUGAAAGAAUGUUGGCUGUCUGCGUAAUGAGUAUACAAGUUCACCUAGGGGGUCUCUCAAAGUGCAACAUUAUCUGUUUAUUGGCACUUCAAAUGUUUGAACCAAUAAACUGGCUCUGAAAGUCUGUACUCUCAUCUUUUGAAACAUUUUUGUUCAAGUUUCCCUCUUUACCAUCCUUUCUCAGACUGUGAGAUGUAUGGCCAUGAAGUAAUAUUCGUUUUAUGCUGCUUUCAUGCAGUUUCACAGGUUUAUCUGAGUUGGAUUUGAACCAGUUAAUCCAAAAAUUAACACAUUCAAUAUUCUACCUCACUAAUCCCUCACCACAGUUACUAAGCACUUUAGCGCUGGCCUAACUUCAAGCAGAUGCACUUGAAACUAGUUGGGAAUCUAAAGAAACCUGAAUGAAAAGCUUUGUUGAUUAGCUGACUGUGUGGAAUAGGUUAUUAAAACAGCUUAAACUCUUGUGAAUUAAUUCUAUCUUUAUUAAUUUCAUUUUUUUUAUUUGUUGAUGGAGAGUUGAGGGCAGGGUCAACAUUUAUUGCCUGUUUGUACUAUCAACUUGCUAUGAUUAUUGACGUGUAAAAUUCCUAUUUCUAAAUAAACUUGAUUUACUUUAAAGGUGAACACAA